GAAGGGGGCCGGCCGCACCUGACGACUAUGGCGUGUGUGAGGCGUGUCCGUUGUCGCUGUCUUCCUCCACCUGUGACUCCCAUCACUCGGAUCUGGACAGCAGGCUGCCAUGUAUCUACCACCCCUUCUUCUCUGCCUGCUUUUUGCACGCGCUUUUGCGGAUUUGCCCAUGUGCAAAGAGUCAGAUUACCACUUUGAAUACACCGAAUGCGACGUGCUGGGCUCUCGCUGGAGGGUGGCCAUUCCCAACAAGGCCCUAACCUGCACCGGCCUCCCAGAUCCAGUCAAAGGCACUCAGUGCACUUUCUCCUGCAAUGAGGGGGAGUUUCUGGACAUGCGGACUCAGAUGUGCCAGAAGUGUGCAGCCGGAACGCAUUCUCUGGGCUCUGGCGUGGCCUUCGACGAGUGGGACCGCCUGCCCGCAGGCUUCGUCACGCUCGGGAUCAACACCAACGGCUGGGACGUGGAAACAGACUGCUCCAAUUCUACUUGGACACCAAUGGGCGAUUAUGUGGCCUCAAACACAGACGAGUGCACGGCCACGCUGUCGUAUUCAGUGAACCUGAAGAAACCGGGACGCGUUUCCUUUGACUAUUCCUAUUCCGACAGCAGCAUCUACUUUGAGUUCUUUGUCCAAAACGACCAGUGUCAGUCCACUGAAUCUACCAGGCGCUGGAUGGGGAUCUCUGACAGUGACUGGAGUCAUCAUGAGGUCGAGCUGAACAAAGGCAGUAAUGUUUUGUUCUGGAGAACCACUGCCUACACCUUUCACACAGACCUUUCUGACAAAGCCGUGUUGCUGCGGAAUAUACACAUCUCGGGUGUGGCCUACACGUCCGAGUGUUUCCACUGCAAGCCGGGCACCCACAGCGCCAAGCCGGGAGCCGCCCGUUGUGACCCCUGCCCCCCUGAUACCUACUCCAACAAGGGGGCUACCGUUUGCCAGCAGUGUGACCCUGAUAAAUACGCAGAGGUUUCAUCAGGAAGCUGCAAAAUGAGACCGGCAUGCACAAAUGCAGACUACUUCCAUACGCAUACACCCUGUGACGCACACGGAAAGACGCAGCUGAUGUACAAAUGGAUCGAGCCUAGAAUCUGCAGCGAAAGCGCCAAGGGGUCCGUGAAGCUUCCCGCGUCGGGAGAGAAGCAAAUGUGUCCGCCGUGUAACCCGGGUUUUUUCAUGAGCAACACCUCAGCCACCUGCCAAGCUUGUGCUGAAAACCUCUACUCAAAUGGAACAGCUUGUACAGAGUGCCCUGCUGGCACAGAAGCUGUGGUUGGUUUUGAGUACAAAUGGUGGAACACAAUGCCAAUCAACAUGAAAAGUAAUGUCCUACGGACAGAUUUGGAUGACUCCGUGCACCGCACUGCGUGGGAGGUGGCCGGAGAGUACGUGUACACCACUCCCGGUGAUCGAGACACAGACUACCUCAUGCUCACGCUCACCGUCCCGGGAUACAGGCUGCCAAAGUCUCAGGCAAAAGACGGCAAGCGGAGUGAGCUGUCUCGCAUCAGCUUUGUCUUUGAAACCUCAUGUUCGGCAGAUUGCACCUUGAUUUUUCUGGCGGGUCUCAAUCCGUGGAGCAACAAUGAAGUGGAGCAGUGGAAGGGCAGCAACGGGAAGCAGUCAUACUCGUACCUGAUUCAAAGCAAUGCCACUGUCAGCUUCACCUGGGCUUUCCAACGUACAGACAACUCCACAAUGGAGAAGCGGUACAGCACUGACGUAGCAAAGAUUUUCUCCAUUCACAUCACCAAUGUUCUGGGGGGCGUGGCCUCAAAAUGUCACCAGUGCGCCCUCACGUCUAGCCCCGACAACGACGACUCAGCCUGCGUGCCCUGCCCGCCGGGCCAUCGCUUGGUCAGCGAGAAGGUCGCCAAGGGAGCCAAGGGAACGUGCCAGCGCUGCCCGCCAAACUCCAUAGUCGCGACUGAGUGGCCUACCGGAGAAGCGGCUUGUGUUGCGUGCGGCUCAAAUACAAAGAACAACCAGGCCUACACGGCGUGCCUCAGUGAUUGCACGGCCACAGUGCAGACAACAGGUGGCGCGUUGCUGCACUAUGACUUCUCUCCUCUGUCCAAUGUCACCUCCUUCCAAAGUGGCCCGCGUUUCACCAGUAAAGGCCUGCGCUACUUCCAUCAUUUCAGCGUGGCUCUGUGCGGCGAAGAGGGCCGAGCGUCGGCGACCUGCGUGGACAACGUGACGGAGCACGGCCGAGUGGUCCAGGGUCACGUGUGCCAGUCUCUCGUGGUUCCCUCGGACAUCAGGAGUCAGAACAUGGUGGCGUCACAGCCCUUUGUUGUCGGCGACACUCUCGUUGGUGUAACUACUGACACGGUCCUGGCUAACAUCUCCUCUCCACCGGGGCUCUUCCCCUCUACGUCAAACCUACCGGAUCUUAUAUUUUAUUUCAGGUCCGCUGAGACAACGCAGGCUUGUAAAAGAGGCCGCACGGCCACUAUCAGGCUGAGAUGCGACCCGAGCAUGAGCGCAAAAGACCUGAUUACACCACCCAGUAACUGCUCAGAGGGGACGUGUGAUGGCUGCACUUUCCACUUCCUUUGGCAGAGUCAGCAUGCGUGUCCACGAUGCACCAAACAUAAUUACAGGGAGAUUGUCAGUGCUUGUGAACAAGGAAUACAGAGGACGACUUACGUCUGGCAGCAGCCGUUGCAGUGUCAUGGAGGAGAGGCACUUCCAGCCCAGACAGUCAGCGCUUGUGUGAGUCUGGAUUUCUGGCUGAAGUUUGGCGUUUCCACGGGAACCGCCGCUGCUGCUCUACUCGUCACCCUCAUCUGUUACUUCUGGAAGAAGACGCGCAAAUUGGAGUACAAGUACUCCAAACUGAUAAUGAGCUCCGGGGGCAAAGAAUGCGAGCUGCCCACAGCCGACAGCUGCGCAAUCAUGGAAGGAGAGGACGCUGAGGACGACCUCAUCCAUCUCACACACAAGUCCUUCUUCUGCAAAAUGAAAGCAUACUCGCGUGAGAGGACGUCCGACGGAUUUGAUUCAGUCCCUCUGAAGUCGUCAUCUUGUCACCUGCAAAAAGAGGAUUGUGAUUCUGAUGAUGCUUGAUGCAAAGGUUUGACUGAAGCAGAUUUGCUGAAUGCUUUUAUUUAUGUCCAUGAAGGGAGGCUAUAAUCCUUCCAAAAAACGUGUGGCCAUAAAAUGUGGGCACCAGGAAUAUAGCCAUGUUUGUCUUGAGGCUGGAGCACAGGACAGUUACUUGUCUGUGUAAAAUUAAAGAACACUAAUAUGAAAACAUCAUGAAAGAAAUUAGAAAUGCAAUUGAUUCUUGAAUAAAAUACUAUGAUAAUCCAAUUUCCAUUACACUUGUAUUGGGGGUUGUGUUCUUUGUCUUUUUGUCAUUUGAAAUUUGCUUACCUGUUUUCUAUUAGGUGACCUACGUUUGUAAUGUUAUUAUUUGAAUAUGUCUAGUGAUUUGGCUAUAGCCUAGAAAGCAAAUGUUGCUGCGUUGAUAUUUUCCAUUUGAAACCAUGUUGUGCCUUCUAUUUUUCACAAUAAAUGUAUCUAAAGAUUG